CUUCACAGCGAUCGUCGUCAUCUAACAGUUAACGCCGUUAAAAGAUACCGUAACGGCAUUGGUUCAACAGUCUCUCCGGUUCGAUCGCCCAAUCAUAUCUCCGUCGCUGACGUAAGAAUCUCCUUGUACACUGCAAUUUCCACAAGCAAAAGGAGAAAGCUUUGUCUGAGGAAGACGAAGCAAUGGGUGUACUCACGAACAAAGUCGAGAGGGACGAGCUUAAACCUGGUGAUCACAUCUACACUUAUCGAGCCGUCUUCGCUUAUUCUCACCACGGCGUAUUUGUUGGUGGUUGCAAGGUGGUUCAUUUCAAACCUGAGCACAGCUUGAUAUCUCCUACACUCGCUUCUUCUUCUUCUUCUUCGUCUUCUUCAGUUUCAGAGGUUAAUGAUUCUUCAGAAGCUCCUUGUCCUACAUUUCCUGACUGUGGAUAUAAACAACCAAAGAGUGGAGUAGUACUUUCUUGCCUUGACUGUUUUCUCAAGAAAGGUUCUCUUUACCGUUUCGAAUAUGGAGUCAGCUCAUCGAUUUUCCUCACCAGAUUCCGCGGUGGCACGUGCACAACUGCUCCAUCUGACCCGCUUCAAACAGUCAUCCAUAGAGCAAUGCACCUUCUCCAAAACGGAUUUGGUAACUACGACGUCUUCCAGAAUAACUGCGAAGAUUUUGCUCUCUACUGCAAGACAGGAUUGCUCAUUCUGGAUAAGAACGGAGUUGGUAGAAGCGGUCAAGCCAGCUCCAUUCUAGGCGCUCCUCUAGCUGCACUCCUCUCGUCACCUCUCACAUUGUUGAUUCCAAAUCCUGUUGGUGUAGCAACGGUCACUGCUGGGAUGUAUUGUAUGAGUAGGUAUGCUACUGAUAUCGGUGUUAGAAACGAUGUGAUCAAGGUUCCUGUUGAGGAUUUAGCUCUGAACCUUGGCUUUAAAACCCUCAAGAGAAACAGGAAAGCUUUUGGCACCAGCAUUUCCAGGUGAACACAUGUUCUAUGAUGUUCAUCGAAAAGUACAUAAGAUUGGCCAAUGUUUAGUCAUGAUCUUAUUUUCCCCUUGAUCUCAUUUCUUGCUUGCCAUGGUGACACUGUAAGGAUUCUCUAGAUUCAUUGUGGAUUCCAAUCAAGAUUUAGUUCGAUC